AUGAGGAAACACCUGGGUGGAUGUCAGCUGGCCAUUGUCUGUGUCCUGCUCUUCAGCCAGCUCGCCUCCAUCAAGGCAAGAGGCAUAAGGCAUAGAAUCAAAUGGAACAGGAAGGCCUUGCCCAGUACCUCCCAGGUCACAGAGGCCCAAAGGAUGAAGGUGCAGAUGCACCCCGGGGCCUUCAUCAAGGAAGGCCGGAAGCUGGAUAUCGACUUCGGACCUGAGGGCAACAGGUACUACGAGGCCAACUAUUGGCAGUUCCCCGACGGGAUCCACUACAAUGGCUGCUCCGAGGCCAACGUGACCAAGGAGAAGUUUGUCACCAACUGCAUCAACACCACCCAGGCUGCAAACCAGGAAGAGCUGUUCCAAGAGAAACAGGACAACAAGCUUCACCAGCAGAUCCUGUGGCGGCUGAUCCAGGAGCUCUGCUCUGUCAAACACUGUGACUUUUGGAUAGAAAAGGGAGCAGGACUUCGGGUUACCAUGGACCAAACUGUGAUGCUCUGCCUGCUGGUUUUCAUUUGGUUCAUUGUGAAAUAA